AAAAACGCAAUUUCUCUCUUGUGUCUGGUUUCUUCGCCUUCCGUCUUCUUCGCUCUCGCCUCAGACAACUAAGGGCGAAGAACCUCUCACUCCCUCUGUUUCGCUUUGCCAUCGGUUUUUUUCUCUGAGGUCAAAAUGGUUGAACAGACGCAGCACCCCACGAUUCUGCAGAAGGCUUCUGGCCAAUUCUUGCGUUCGAGUGUUUCUCAGGAUGUUCAGGGUUAUGCUUCUGCUUUUCAGAGCCCUGCUACAUUCCAAAGGCGAGCAUCAUACGGAAACUACUCUAAUGCUGCUUUUCAGUCUCCUCUUGUGGCCGCAUCCCGAAUUGCAACUACUACUUCCCCUGUCUUUGUCCAGGCUCCAGGAGAGAAAGGAUUCACUAACUUUGCUAUUGAUUUCCUGAUGGGUGGUGUUUCUGCGGCUGUCUCAAAAACUGCUGCUGCUCCCAUUGAGCGUGUCAAGCUUUUGAUUCAAAACCAGGAUGAGAUGCUCAAGGCUGGCAGGCUCUCUGAGCCCUACAAAGGUAUUGGUGACUGUUUCGGCAGGACUAUUAAGGAUGAGGGUUUUGGUUCUUUGUGGAGAGGAAACACUGCUAAUGUUAUCCGAUACUUCCCCACUCAGGCCUUGAACUUUGCAUUCAAAGAUUACUUUAAGAGGCUUUUCAACUUCAAGAAAGACAGGGAUGGCUAUUGGAAGUGGUUUGCUGGUAACUUGGCAUCUGGAGGUGGUGCUGGUGCCUCUUCCCUCCUCUUUGUGUACUCUCUUGACUAUGCACGUACCCGUCUUGCCAAUGACUCUAAGUCUGCCAAGAAGGGAGGUGAAAGGCAGUUUAAUGGUCUUGUUGAUGUUUACAAGAAAACCCUCAAGUCCGAUGGUAUUGCUGGACUUUACCGUGGAUUCAACAUCUCCUGUGCUGGUAUUAUUGUCUACCGUGGUCUCUACUUUGGACUGUACGACUCUGUGAAGCCUGUUCUCCUCACUGGAGACAUGCAGGACAGCUUCUUCGCUAGUUUUGCUCUUGGAUGGCUCAUCACCAAUGGUGCAGGUCUUGCAUCCUACCCGAUUGACACAGUCCGUAGAAGAAUGAUGAUGACAUCAGGUGAAGCAGUGAAGUACAAGAGCUCAAUGGACGCCUUCCAACAGAUCCUGAAGAACGAAGGAGCCAAGUCACUGUUCAAGGGUGCAGGUGCCAACGUCCUGCGUGCCAUUGCAGGUGCUGGUGUGCUUGCUGGCUACGACAAACUGCAGUUAAUCGUCUUCGGCAAGAAGUACGGAUCUGGAGGUGCCUAAGUACUAAAUCCCGCAGUCACUAUAAAGCCUCGGCUUUCUUUUUAUGUUCUUAAUUUUUUGCAGUUACAGACUUAACAUAAGAAAAGGUAUUGAUGAAAUAUUUUCCCAUAAAAUUAGAGGAGCAACGGGAGAUUUAAAUUUUGUUUUCUUAUAUUAAAUAAAUUUUGUUUUGGAGGGAGAUUUGACUCUUUCGAACCACAUUGCGAUUUUUUGUUUUGUUACUUUCUUUUACAUGAAGCUAAUGUGUAUGGUUGUAUAAUACUGAUGCAUGUUUCAUUGUUCUAUCA